UCUAUUUUUUUAUAUGUUUUGAUGAUGGAAUUAUCUCUAAUGAAAAAAAAAUGUUCUCAGAAAAUAGGCGUUAGACAAUACAAGAAAUCAUCAAUUCCUCGACUUAGAUGGACACCUCAACUUCAUGAACUCUUUAUUGAAGCUGUUCAACAUCUUGGAGGAGGGUACAAAGCAACUCCAAAGAGAAUUCAACAGAUGAUGGCAGUAAAGGGAUUGAAGAUUUCUCAUGUCAAAAGCCAUCUCCAGAUGUACAGAAACUUGAAGGUGCCAGCCAACCUCAAUAGUGAGAGACCACAAUUCUCUUGGUCCUCCCCACAGCAUGUGUGUGAAACAUUAGAACAUGGUCCUUCAAAGAGCAGCAAGCAGAUGGACCCUGGAAGUGAUCAAUUUCCCAAUUACAAAGCAAUAAUCAAUGCAUAUAUUGCUGAAAAUAAUAUAUAUUGCUAUGACUACCAGGAAGCACAAGGAAGUUUAAGCAGUGGAAUGACAAAUGAAGAAGAAGAAGAUGGUGGUCCAAGUAGUGAAACUUGUGAGUUUCCACAUGAAACGGUUAGUGAAUGUGAAAGGGAGAUCAACUUUUGGCCUUUGGAUAAUUAUCAUCAAAAUUCCCAUUGUGAUUCCUCCACAAAGCAAGUUUUGCAAUCUACAAAGGACAAUUCUCACAUUAACCUAGAUUUAUCUAUCUCUUCAUGUUUCUAUUGUUAAAUAAAAUUAGGAAUUGUUUGAUUG